AUGGAGGACCCCAACGGCAACGACUCGGAAAUGGCCAAUAGCGAAGAGCGGGCGGGGGCUCGUUUUAUUUAUACUGCGGAGGAGAAGGCGCUCCUCCAGGCGCUCGUAACCAAGCAUGCGCGAGUGCUAGAAAGCAAAAGGACAAAUAACUACUCGAAGGAGGCUAAACUUAAAGCUUGGGAGAAACUCAGCACCGAGUAUAACAGCCAGCCAAACGUCCGCCCACGAAGCGCUAAGCAACUUAAGAAGCGUUGGGAGAACGAAAAAUCCAGGUACAAAAAAAUGAAGUCCGACGAAACGAGAGACAUCCACGCCACGGGAGGUGGGCCACGAACAAGCCGCCCGAUGAGCCCCUCGCUCAUCCUUGUGGGAGCGGCGGCAGAGCACAUGGAGACAGUGGUGACGAAUCUCUGUGACAGCGACAGGGCAAGAGACCGGCCAGUGCUGUCGCUGCCUCCGGCCGCUAUGUUGGAGGCGAUGGUGCGAGGCACUGAAGGCGAUGACAGUCACACUCUUAGAAAAAAGGCAUUGGAGCGGAUCCUGGCUCCCGAAAAGGAUGCCCGUGUCGACAUCCUAGAGAGGGAAGAUCGGCGAAAGGAGGCGCAACAUUUAAUGGAGAUGCGCAUACUCCGAAACAAGCAUUUUGAGCAGCGACGACGCGGACGGGCAGAGUUCCAGCUGCUCCAGCUGGAGAGAGAGAUAAAGGUGGAGCAGCUGGCAGCCCUGCGCUGCAAGCAACAAGGGUGUGGGAAUCAUGAUUAA